GGUAAACAAAAACCCACUCUCUCGUGAUGAGCCUUUUGACCCAUAAACGAUAGACUUUUGCAUUUUCAGAUGAAUGACAUACUAACUUUCUUUACCUUGAUAGGGCAUGCGUAUUGACAUCAAGCGUAAAUUAUUAUCGCGUUCCGAACGUGUUAAAUGUGUUGACUUGCAUCCAACUGAGCCUUGGUUAUUAACCAGUUUAUACAGCGGUGUCGUCCAAAUCUACAAUUACGAGACACAGGCCUUGGUAAAGACGAUUGAAGUUUCAGAAACACCAGUUCGAGCUGCCAAAUUCGUGGCCCGUAAAAACUGGAUUAUUACUGGCGCGGACGAUUCGCAAAUCCGUGUAUUUAAUUACAACACACUGGAAAAAGUCACCACAUUCGAAGCACACCCUGAUUAUAUUCGUUGCUUGGCCGUGCACCCUACUCAACCCCUCUUAUUAUCUGGUUCGGAUGAUAUGACUAUUCGACUUUGGGAUUGGGAGAAAAAUUGGAAGUGUGCUCAGGUAUUCGAAGGACACGCACAUUUUGUCAUGCAUUUGACUUUUAACCCAAAAGACACCAACACGUUUGCAUCUGCUGGUUUGGAUGGUAUGAUCAAGGUUUGGUCAUUGGGAUCUAAUGUACCCAAUUUUACGUUGGAAGGGCAUGAAAAGGGUGUGAAUUUCGUUGACUAUUACCAAGGUGGCGAUAAACCUUACUUGAUCUCUUGUGCUGAUGACAAUUUGGUCAAGAUCUGGGAUUAUCAAAAUAAGAAUUGCGUACAGACUUUAGAAGGUCAUAACCAAAAUGUCAACUUUGCUGCCUUUCACCCUAAUUUGCCCAUCAUCCUUUCCGGUUCAGAAGAUGGCACUGUGCGUCUUUGGAAUUCAGACACAUAUCGAUUGGAAAACACCUUGAAUUAUGGUCUGGAACGUUCUUGGUGUAUGGCUACUCAAAAGGAUGGUAAUAAUGUUGCCCUUGGUUAUGAUGAGGGUGCUGUUGUCAUCAAAUUGGGUCGCGAAGAACCUGCAGUCUCUAUGGAUCUCUCAGGUAAGAUUAUCUGGGCUAAGCACUCUGAAAUUCAGACUGCCAAUAUCAAAACUGGCAUGGAUGAACAUCUCAAGGAUGGUGAACGUCUUGCCUUACCUGUUAAGGACCUUGGUUCAUGUGAAGUUUAUCCACAAACCUUGCAACAUUCUCCCAAUGGCCGCUUUGUUGUGGUCUGUGGUGAUGGCGAAUAUAUUAUAUAUACUGCUUUAGCCUGGAGAAACAAAAGUUUUGGUUCCGGUCUUGAUUUUGUCUGGGCCGAUGAUUCGAAUAUUUAUGCUGUCCGUGAAUCCGCCACCAAAGUGAAGAUCUUUAAAUCUUUUAAAGAAAGAGCUGGUUUGCUUGGAAAGUUAAAUUACAGUGCAGAAGGAAUCUACGGAGGUGCUCUUUUGGGUGUAAAAGGUAACGGCUUUUUGAACUUUUAUGAUUGGGAAAGUGGAGAGAUUGUACGUCGUAUCGAUGUCGAUUCAAGAAACGUGUAUUGGUCUGACAACGGUGAUUUGAUUGCUAUUGCCUGUGAGGAUUCUUUCUACGUGCUGCGAUACCAUGCUCAAGCCUAUUCUCAGUUCUUGGAGAAUGGCGGUGAUCCUGGAGAGGAAGGUGUAGAAGAGGCCUUUGAGUUUAUUACAGAAAUUCCCGAGGGUAUCAAGACAGGUACUUGGGCUGGCGAUUGUUUCAUUUACACCAAUAAUUCAAACCGUAUGAAUUAUUUGGUUGGAACAGAGACUUAUACCAUCAGUCACUUCGAUAAGCCCAUGUAUUUAUUGGGUUACGCGCCUCGUGAUAACCGCAUUUAUAUGGCAGAUCGUGAUGUCAAUGUCUACAGCUACAGUUUGUCUUUAACCGUGAUUCAAUACCAAACAGCCAUUUUGCGUGGUGAUCUUGAAUCCGCUGCUGGUUUACUCGAGUCUAUCCCUGCCGACCAAAAGGGCCGUGUUGCGCGCUUUUUGGAAUCGCAAGACUUGAAAGAGUUGGCAUUGACUGUAACAACGGAUACCGACCAACGCUUUGAUCUGGCUAUCCAAUUAGGCAAAUUAGAUAUUGCCUCAGAAAUUGCACACCAAGUAGAUCAAGAGCUUAAAUGGAGAACGUUGGGUGAUGUUGCUUUAGCCUCGUGGAAAUUCAAGCUGGCUGAAUCAUGCUUAAUCAAGGCAAAAGACCUUAGUGGCCUCCUACUCUUUUACACGGCCAAUGGUAACCGUGCGGGUAUUCGACAAAUUGCAGAUACAGCGAUGGAGACUGGUAAGAAUAACAUUGCGUUUUCUUGCUUGUUUCAAUUGGGAGCUAUGGAUGAAGCCAUUGACUUACUGAUCAAAACGGAUCGUAUUCCCGAAGCUGCCAUGUUGGCAAGAACCUAUGCUCCUGAUCAUAUUUCCAAGAUUGUUCAGUUAUGGAAGGGUGGCCUCGAAAGUAAAAAUCGUAAAAAGACUGCUGAGAGUUUAGCAGAUCCUGCCGAAUAUCCUAACCUUUUCCCUGAACUCUCUCAACAAAAGAAAUCACUUGUGGAUAUUGAAGACAAACAAGAAGAGGUAGAGGAAACGCUUGUAGACGCUUCUGAAGAACAAGAGGAAGAAGUAGUAGUAGAAGAAGAGUCUCUUAUUUAAAUAAAAUUAUUGAUUUAAUAUUUUU